UUAAAAGAUAUUUGCCGUCGUUCAAAUCAGCGGGUGCGUUUCAUGCAAAAAAACAAACCCGAUAAUUGUGAGGUGGAGCCAGCUUUUUCCUUCCUCGAAACCCUUACGUGACCGUCACAACAAGCCUCAAUUGUAAAUUGGUCAGGGAACUUUCAAUGAAAUCUCUAUUUUUAGAAAAAUCCGCCCUCCAAUUUUUACAGUUUGCUUCCUACUGCCUUCCACCUAAUCUGCAUGGUCCGUUCCUAUUUCUUUCCUACUAAUUUCCCUAUUCUGCUUCCUACCGUCUUCUGGGAAAGCAAUGUAGGCACUUAUAAUAAGAAUAGAAGAUGGUAUAAAGAACAGCUGACGAUUGACGCAUUCAUCUUAAUUUUGUAUAAUCCUGUGUUUUCUGCUAUUUGUUUUGAUAACAAAGAAAACAAAAACCAUUUUUAAUUUUGUUUCUUGAAAAAUAUGGGAGCUCACGGAGCAGGGGGUUCAUGCGGAGCGUUCUCUGGCGGAGGGUCGGCAUUCAGUUCAGUCGGCUCAGGCGGAGCGUUCUCUAGCGGAAGGUCGGCAUUCAGUUCAGCCGGCUCCUCAGCCCUGAUCAAUUUUUCUGCCUCUCGAAGAAGUAAUAAUUUGAGAGGGAGGAGGCGCGAUGAUUACCCGAGGGAGAAUAGGGCGCCACUUCUUGAGCCGUACGAGCCUACUUCUAAAGAUUUCUGGAUUGCCGUUGUUGUUGUUCUUCUCUUCUUUGCAGUAUUUGGAUCAUUUUGGUUGAUGUUUGAUGCAUAUGGCUCUAAACAAAUGGAAAUUGGACUCAACUCUUCCUACUUAUUAAAAGCAAACGAACUGCUUGUUGAGAGCAUAUCAGUGAGAAAUAUUGAUCAAGUUCCAGGAGUCCGCCUAUAUCUUUUUGAAAAUCAACCUUCAUUGAAUAAAACAAAAGAAUGGACUGUGGAACAUAAUGUUGUGGUUUCAGGAAAUCAUCAUCAGGAAUGGGCCUUUUGGCUAAACCAAGGAUCUGAAGUAAAUAUGGUAUACGAGUUACCUUCCACAUCCAGCUUGUUCUUAAUUGUUGCAAAAGGAACAGCUCAGUUCAGUGAUUGGGUUAGAGAUCCAUCCAGUCCAGAUUCUGGCAGUCUAUGGAGACCUAUAAGUGGUCAUGGGAAGAUUAGUUUUGAAGCUGGCAGUGAUAAUGAUUACUAUUUUGGAUUAGGGAAUCUUAAUGAAGAGAGUGUUGAAAUGAAAUUUCGGAUGGAGAUCAAAAGUAAAACAUAUGAGACAGAGACAGCAAAUUCUUGGUGUCUACUGGAUGUGAAAUCAUGCAAAGUUUUACCAUCACUAAGGGGCUCCAAGGUUGGCCUCUUGACAACUCCUGAUAAGCCACAGGAUGGCCUUGAUGUUUGGAAUGUUGAGGUCUCAUAUAGGACUCGCUGGCAGACGUAUCUCAUAUUUGAUGGUACUUUACUGUUUGCAGUAUUAUUCAAUUUGUACUUUAUUUGCAAGCCAAAAGAUCUGUCAAACUUGUCUCCAGAGGAAACACCUUUGAAUUCACAACAAGAAGCACACAAUCGUUCUCAAGCAGCAAAUAUUUAUAGUAAUUCUGUUCAACACAAAGAACCAAAUUCAAAGAUUUCUUCGAAAGUUAAGAUGGUUGUGGAAAAAGUAAGCGAGGAAAAUGUUUGUGUCAUCUGCUUUGAAGAUAAGAAGGAUAGCAUUUUCCAACCAUGCGGCCAUUUUGCAACAUGCUAUGGUUGUGGUCUUAGGAUAAAGGAAGCAUCCAACCAAUGCCCCAUAUGUAGAAACGAUAUUCAAGAUAUUAAAAAAAUAUUUAAUGUGUAAUAAUUCUGAUAUGCAUAUAUAUCAUUAAUUGUCUCUGUGUUCCACCUUCCACAAAAUUCCAUUGAAAGCAGUAUUGUUGAAUUUAGUUCAACUGCAAAUCACUUAUUCUCUAUUGCACACAUUCCUGCCUUCGUCCAUUUUUUUUAUCAAACUUCUUUUUCUACAGAAGUUGAAAUUUGAAUAAAAUGUAACACCCAACAAAUAAAAAAUUGGACUCCUUUGUCAAAAUAUUCAA